CUGUGCUCUGAGGCGGAUUACCGACGCAGACGCGUUCAACCUGUUCCAUCAAACAAGUCUUCAACUACAACUCGAGUUCGGGGAAUAGCGGCAACAAUUUGUGUGAUGAAUCUCACGCAAUUCGGAUCGCGUGCUUUAAGCCGCUUCUUCUAAAGACGGGCUGCUUUAUAUCGUAGUUAUAUUUUAGCUCAGUUUCAUCCUGCGCUUCGCCACUUCCAUUAGCAUUUCAUGGAAUUCAAAGUUGAAACCCUUGGAGAGAAUCAUGGUGCCGCGGGUGAAACUGCUUGUUGUUGUUGCAAGUCUUGUCAAUCUUGGAUUUUCUGGAGCCCCAACAGCACCACCAAAGAGAGCUAUAGUUAAAAACAACUCAGGUGUGACGCCAGCAGGGUUGUGUGGUUCUUGGGUCAAAGAACCUGACGGAGGGCUUUUCACAUCUCCUAAUUAUCCUGAAAAAUAUCCUCCUGACCGAGAAUGCAUAUACAUAAUUGAAGCUUCUCCAAGGCAAUGCAUUGACCUGUAUUUUGAUGAAAAGUAUGCGAUUGAGCCAUCGUGGGAGUGUAAGUUUGACCACAUUGAAGUCAGGGAUGGCCCCUUCAGCUUUUCUCCUAUUAUCGGCCGCUACUGUGGACAGGAGAGCCCGACCUAUGUUAGGUCCAGCGGACGAUACCUUUGGAUCAAAUUUGUGGCAGAUGGUGAAUUAGAAGCCACUGGAUUUUCCGCUCGGUACAAUUUCACCCAAGAUCCUGAUUUCAAAGACCUUGGAGUUCAACCACCUCUUCCUAUUUGUGAAUUUGAGAUGAGCGGGCCAGAGGGUAUUGUGGAGUCCGUAAUGGUUACGAAAGAGGGCAAAGCGUUGCAGACAGAGGCCGUAGACUGCAGGUGGUUCAUAAGAGCUCCUCCUGGCUCGAAGAUCUAUUUGCGUUUCCUGGAUUAUGAGAUGCAGAACUCGAACGAGUGCAAGCGAAACUUUGUGGCAGUGUAUGAUGGGAGCAGCUCGGUCGAACACCUGAAGAAUAAAUUCUGUAGCACGGUGGCCAAUGACGUGAUGCUGCUGACUUCAUUAGGUGUGAUUCGUAUGUGGGCCGACGAGACCAGCCGCAGGAGCCGAUUCCGUAUCCUCUUCACCACCUUCCACGAGCCUCCAUGUGAAGGAGAUGCUUUCUUCUGCCAUAGCAACAUGUGUAUUAACCACACACUGGUGUGCAAUGGUAUCCAAAACUGCGUCUAUCCUUGGGAUGAGAAUGGUUGCAAAGAGAAAAGAAAAGCCACUAUUCUGGACAGUCUCGACAACACUAAUGUGACCAUUAUUGGUGUGACCUGCGGAGUGGUGAUUAUCCUGCUCACCGUGUCCAUAAUCAUCCAAAUAAAACAGCCACGGAAGAAGUACAUAAUCCGCAGAGAUGAAUUCGAUCCCACGUUGCUGCACGAGGCCUUCGAACCCCCCCACUACGAGCUGUGCACGUUACGGCAAGCAGCCUCAUCCGAUGGUGAUGUUUUACCUGACGACUUCCCCAAACUGCAGCGCACCUCCUCCAAAUGCAUCCACGGCCAUCACUGUGGCUCUCAGGUGUCCAGCACUCGAGGCAGCCGCAGCGAUCUCAGCCUGAGAGAUGCUGCAGCUAUUCUCUCAGAGAUGGAGCCAACCAUACAGCCUCCAUUUCCUCUGCAAGCCACCCCUACUGGCCGCAGGAAUAUCCUAGUGAUGAAGCACAGCUACUCGCACGAUGGAGCUGAGGAGUGCGACCUGGAUGAUGAACUUUAUGACGGGCCCACCACCAGCCGUGGGCGAGCUGCUAUGGACAGAACUGUGCAUCGGUCAGUAUCCAAUGACUUUUAAUGGUUUUCCAUACAUUUCAGCCCAGCUUUUGGGCAGAUUACUUUCUUUAUUGUCCUUUUUGUCUCUGUUUUAUUUGUAACAGUCAUGCGCUUGUUUAUUAUGUUUGGUUACAGACAAAAUUACCUUGUCUAGUCACUCCAUUUUCACCGUUUUGUAUCCAUAAUGGAUUAUGGAUGCAUUAAAUGGAUAUGUGAACCAUAAAACUGUAUUCCUGUCAGUUUUAUUUUCCUGUUUUGUAUGUGACUAGUCCUGGGCUGUCUAGUCCAUAUAAAUCGAUGACUGUUAUGCACUUUUGUUUGAAUCCUAAUAUUGAGACAUUAUAUUAGGACACUCAGUCAUUGCAUAUGUUUGAUUUAAAUAUUUUGAUUCAUGCUGUUUGGUGUGGUUAUUAUUUAAAACAUUACAUAAAACAUGUCAUUACUGCUAUGGCUAUUUUCAUCUUUGCGUUUUUUUAAUGUAGGACAGGCUUCCCUCUUUCCUCUAGGUUUUCAUUUAACUGUGUUUUACUUGUGAUUUAAUUUAUUUGUAUUUUCAUUGCUUUUAUGCCUAUGUGAGAGCAUUUAUGCUUCUUUUAUACUUUGUUACCCUUCAUAAUUCAGUAUUCAUUCUCACAUCGCAUUACUGAUAAAAUUACAAACAAGUUGUUGCUGUCUUAUUUUAUUGCAUUUUUAUUAUAAAAUUUAAAGUAGA